AUGGGGCCCUCACGGGGGCCGCGACUUACGUCAGUCGGUCUCGUUGCGGUAGCAGCGGCAGCAGCAGAAGCUGCAGCAGGAGCUGUCUUCCCUUUCACUUCUGCCAGCAGCAGAACCGCCCCUCGAAAAACGCCAGCAGCGACGAGAGCAGCACGACCAACCGCUGCAACAGCACAUUCCUUUGGAAUAGCUACGACAUUCCAGAGACGCAGCAGCAGCAAGAGCAGCAUAGCAGCCAACGAGAGGAGCAACAGGAGCUGCAGACGCCAUACGAUAAACUGCGCUUAUGUGAGCAGUACAUCUGACAACUUGGAUGCGGAAUUAGUGGCGACACCAACAACAGCGGCAGAAUCAGCACCAGCAGCGAAGACAGCACCAGCAGUUGCAGCAGCUGCAGCAGCAACGGCCUCAGAGGAGGACACUUCUGUUUUGGAGCGUUUGGUGGCGAACUGUCGGCGCGAAGUGAAUCUGUUUAUGGACGGGCUGCGACACUUGGAGCUGGAGGCCCAUUUCGAGUCCCCCACAAACGCCAGAGGCCCUAAUCCCCCAGGCAGCCUUGUGGAGCUGCGCCAGCAACUGCGGGUACUGUCUGCUGAAGUUGACGCUGCAGAGAGGCGGCUAUUUGUAGCCAACGGACUCGGCGUCAAUCUGCUGCAGGGGGGGCCCAGCGCGAGAGUCCACUGGGGAGUGAAGGGAAGAUGGCUGAAGGCUGCAAGCAGCUGGAGGUGA